AAGUAGUUCUGAAAAAUGAAGUCGUUUGUCCUUGUGUCAAUGAUGACGAUGAUGGUGAUGUCGACAUCAACGUCGUCGUCAAAUCAUACGACAAAUGAGCAUCAGAGACCACUAGGAAAAUCGGCCAUUGGACGGAUCCUCACUGCGGAAGACAAAGACUCUUCGUUUAUGGUUGUACUGAAGCCAAUUUUAGAAGGCAGUACUUACAAUGCAGCAACGAAUCCCGGUUGCCUCAUAUCAGAAAGGGCUAUUGUGACAUUCUACCUAAGUCUGGAUCCUGCUUACUGGACUAACAGGGGUACUGUGGUUGGGGUAAACGCAACAGCUGGCAGACUGAAGAGUGCAAGUGAAUCAGAUUUGCAAGUUCGUUAUGCCAAUAACAGCAACAUCAAGAAGUUUGUUGGAUACACCAAUGAAGAUACUGGAGAUGUCAACUCAAUUUUCAAAAAUUACUUGGCCAUUGUCACAGUGACUGAUCCCUUCAUCAUUGGGGAUGCUGUCAAGCCCAUCCGGGUGUCCACUAAUGGGCCAAGUCUGGUGGGCAUGGAAGUUCAAGGAUUGUAUUCUCAGGCUGCUUCUACAGAGACAUCCACAUACGAGGCCCGGAAAAUAAACAUCACUCUGACUGGAACAGCAUGUCCAUCAAGCAUCAGUGGAUUUCAGGGUACUUUGGACCCAGCUGCUGUCUCAUGUAUGACGACUGGUCCAUACAUGUCUACCAACAGCUGUUUCACGGUGAUUUAA